AAAGGAAGGUUCCAGCCACCAGACAAGUCUCAAACAAUUAUCACUUUAAUAGUAAGCUUAUGUUCUGUCUUUCUCUCUCUAAAGGACACUUUAGUUACAGACAGUACUCUUAUUUUUUGACCAAAGUUACAACAGUAAUUCAACAUAGAUAGUUGGGAUUGGAAACAUAGUAAUUUUCCACUCAGAAUCUCAACUCAACCUUCUAUAAUCAAGGCAAAACCUUCACUCAAUCUCUUUAUUCUAACCAAUUUCAAAUUUGAAGUCAAAACAAUUUCCAUUUUUGUCAAAAGUGAGGAACUUUGGCUACCACUGCACCAAUUUAGGGAGUCUUCUAGACCACUAUGGCAGAUUUGGAAAAUUUGCUUUUGGAGGCUGCAGGAAGAACUGGUGCAGCUGGGAGAAAUCGGCAUUCUCUCCCACCUUCGAGGAGACGACGUGAUGGCUCCUAUUCGGAUGGUGGGAGUGAUUCUAGGGACGAUGAUUCGGAUGAUGAACUUAAUUAUGCAAGCAGAAAGCCAUCUGGAUCACAAGUUCCUCUAAAGAAAAGAUUAGAUCCGGCCGACAGAGAUGAUGAUUUGGGUAGUCAGGAAGAAGCAGAUGAUGAUGGGCGAAGCGAUCGUGAAGGCGAUACCAGUGAUGAAUCAAAUAUCGGCGAUGAUCUCUACAAAGAUGAAGAUGACAGGCGGAAGCUUUCUGAGAUGAGUGAACUUCAAAGAGAGAUGAUUUUGUCGGAUAGGGCUUCAAAAAAGGACGAUAAAAGUUUGUUGGGAAAGAUUGCAUCAAAGCGUGAGAAAGGAAAGGCAAUAAUGACUGGAAAGCAGUCCCCCCCACUUUCAUCAUCUCGCAUGCGUGCAUCUGCCAGAUCUGCCGAUAGGUCAGCCAAGAAUGAAGCAUUAAAUGAACUGCGUGCAAAGCGGUUGAAACAACAAGAUCCAGAAGCUCACCGUAGAUUGAGAGAGGCUUCUAGAAGCUCAGGGCCCCGGAACUUUUCCCCACCAAAGCGCAAGUCUUUCACAUCAGCAAAUCUCAGUAGUUCAAGCCAUAGUGAUAGUGAAAGUAGGUCUCACAGUGAUGAUGAAGGAUCAACUGGGGAUGGGGGAAUUGCUGACAGUGAUGAUGAUAGGGCAUUAUCUGGAUCUGAGGGGCUAUCCUUUCAGGAUAUAAAGGAAAUAACUAUUCGCAGGUCCAAACUUGCGAAAUGGUUUAUGGAGCCUUUCUUCGAGGAGUUGAUAGUUGGUUGCUUUGUAAGAGUUGGAAUCGGUAGAUCUAAAACUGGACCUAUCUAUCGGCUCUGCAUGGUGAAAAAUGUUGAUUCCUCAGACCCUGAUCGACAGUAUAAACUAGAGAACAAAACUACAUACAAGUAUUUGAAUGUUGUUUGGGGAAAUGAAAGUUCUGCUGCGAGGUGGCAAAUGGCUAUGAUAAGCGACUCUCCUCCACUUGAAGAGGAAUACAAGCAGUGGGUUAAGGAAGUGGAACGGAGUGGUGGACGGAUGCCAAGCAAGCAGGAUGUGUUAGACAAAAAACAAGCUAUAAAUAAAAUCAUCACAUUUGUCUACUCUGCUGCUACUGUGAAGCAAAUGAUACAAGAGAAAAAGUCUGCCUCGUCAAGGCCGCUAAAUAUUGCUGCUGAGAAGGAUCGAUUAAGGAGCGAUUUGGAAAGAGCACAAGGUAAGAAUGAUGAUGCGGAAGUGGAGAGGAUCAAGGCAAGACUACUAGAAUUAGAGGCAUCCAGACAUGCAAAGGUGAAGGACGCCAAAGCUCUGAAGCUGGCUGAAAUGAACAGAAAAAACAGGGUUGAAAACUUCAAGAAUGCUUCUGAAUUGAGGCCAUUAACCGGUUUGAAAGAAGGGGAUGCAGGUUAUGAUCCAUUUUCAAGGAGGUGGACAAGAUCAAGGAACUACUAUGUUGCAACACCUAGUGAAAAGGCUGCUGCUUUAAAUAAUAAUACCGUUGGCUUAGUUUCUGAUGCAGGCGCCAAUGGAACUGGAGUACCAGUAACUGCGGAGUCUGGCGCAGUGGCUACUGCCAUUGCCUUGGAAGCUGCUGCCGAUGCUGGAAAGUUGGUGGAUACAAGUGCUCCGGUGGAUCAAGGGACGGAAUCGAAUACACUGCACAACUUUGAGCUGCCAGUUUCAUUAGCAUUACUUCAUAAGUAUGGUGGAGCCCAAGGAGCUCAGGCAGGAUUCAUGGCAAGAAAACAAAGAAUAGAAUCAACAGUUGGAUUUAAACUCUCGGAAAAUGAUGGCAGGAGACAUGUACUGACUCUGUCAGUUGGUGAUUACAAAAGAAGAAGAGGUCUUCUUUGAAUUUGUUGCUGCUGUGCAGUAUUCAGCUGAGGUAAGUCCGCAGUUUAAUGAUCCAAAUAUGGAUUUUAUUGACUGUAAUGUUGUUGUAUGUUGUAACCUUAUUAUUAUGUUGAACUUUUUAUAAGUGGCCAUGUAUCCACAUAUCUUUAUUUAGCUCUAUUCUUGAACAAUAAAGUUGUGUGAUAAAUGGAAGAUAAUAAUGUAAUGUACUCUCUAAAUGCCAAUUGUCUUUAGUUUUCUAA